UUUACUCUUCACAUUCCCAACCAAAGCUCAUAGCUCAUCUUCUCGCUUCCGCCAUGACCGAGGAUUUCUCCAAAGCCGUCCAGGACGGACUCAAGCUCUCCAAGCGCAUAUACUUCGGCAAGGACCGGGCCGUUGCGCCGCCCAAGCCGCCGCCGCUGAUGGCGCGCUCCGCCACCGCGUUCCUCCCCUCGGCGCCCAUGCUCUACGCGGUCAUUCACGAUCCAGGGAUCGUCGACAACCCCGACAUCCCGAGCUACCAGCCGCACGUCUACGGAAGGUGCGACCCUCCCGCUCUGAUUCCGCUUCAGAUGAACGCGAUUCAGAUGAACGCCGAUUGUUUCCACGACACCGCGUUUGUCACCGUCGCCGGCACUUGGCGACUUCACUGCGUCAUGGGAAGCCGCUCCUGCGAUUGCCGCGUCGCAGUUCCCAUGGCACACAAGGGUUCAAUUCUAGGUGUUGAGGUAAGCGUUUCUAAUAAGUCAUAUUCUACUCAACUGGUUGUUAUGGAAGAUCAAAACGGCAACGUUCCACCUCAAAACGGAGGGUUUCUCAAGUCCAACAUAUUUACUUUGACUAUACCUCAGGUUGAUGGGGGUUCCAAUUUGUCGAUUAAACUUCGUUGGUCUCAGAAACUCGUCUACUCCAACGGUCACUUCUCUUUGAAUGUGCCGUUUAACUUUCCUGAUUUCGUCAACCCUGCGGGGAAGAAAAUAUCUAAGAGAGAAAAGAUACAAGUUAAUGUGGAUGCUGUUGCUGGUGGUGAGCUUCUGUGCAAGGGUAUAAGCCAUCCACUCAAGGAAGUGAGGCGUCAUGCUGGGAGUAUGGGUUUAUUAUAUGAAUCCGAUGUUCCCUCGUGGUCUAAUGUUGAUUUUAGCUUUUCAUAUGCUGUUUCCUCAAGUCAUAUAAAUGGUGGUGUUCUCUUGGAAUCUGCACCUGGGCAUGAUUUUGAUCAAAGAGACAUGUUCUACGUGUAUCUCUCUCCUGGAGAUAUUCAUAGUAAGAAGGUGUUCAAAAAGGAAAUAAUGUUUGUUAUGGACAUCAGCGGUAGCAUGCGGGGAAAGCUGAUUGAUGACACAAAGCAUGCACUGUUGGCUGCUCUCUCUAAACUUAAUCAUGAUGACUCAUUUAACAUUAUAGCCUUUAAUGGAGAGACUUAUCUGUUUUCCAAAUCAAUGGAAUUGGCUACCACGGAUGCUGUUGAGAGGGCCACCGAGUGGAUUGAUGCGAAUUUUGUUGCUGGGGGUGGUACAAAUAUUUCACAUCCAUUAAACACGGCAAUAGAGAUGCUAUCUAAUGCUCAGAGUUCAGUUCCAAUAAUUUUCCUAGUUACAGAUGGAACUGUUGAAGAUGAGAGACAGAUUUGUGCUAUGAUCAAGAACCGUAUGACCAAUGCAGAGUCAAUAUGCCCUCGAAUUUACACUUUUGGCAUUGGUUCGUUCUGCAAUCAUUACUUCUUGAGGACCCUUGCAAUGAUUGGUAAGGGCCAAUAUGAUGCUGCAGUGGAUGUAGAUUUGAUUGAGACUCGAAUGAUGACGUUGUUUGAUAAAGCUUCAUCUCUCAUUCUUGCAAAUAUCAAAAUGGACACGUUGGAUGAUCUUGAUGAUCUUGAGGUAUACCCUUCUCAUAUUCCAGAUCUUUCAAGUGAGGGUCCAUUGAUUUUAUCUGGGAGAUACAGGGGAAAUUUUCCCAAAACUCUUAAAGUCGAAGGUAUAUUGGCUGAUUUCAGUAAUUUUGUGGUAGAUAUGAAGAUACAAAAUGCUAAGGACAUACCUGUACAAAGGGUCUCUGCAAGAGAUCAAAUAGAGCAUCUUACUGCUCAAGCAUGGCUUUUGGAAAGUAAACAACUAGAACAGAAGGUUGCAAAAUUGAGCCUGCAGACUGGCUUUAUGUCCGAGUAUACACGAAUGAUAAUACUUGAGACCGAUCAUCUGAAGAAAGUCAAGGAAUCAGCCGGAACGAAAGAAGCGUCGAAAAAGAGCCAUCCUCAGUGUGAGGCACCCGUCCAAGGGCAGAGAAUGAUUUUACUACCACAUUUGAAUAUCGGCUUCGGCAACUUAAGUGCAACUCUUGAAAAUACUCCUCCCGGAUGUGAAACGAAAUUGCCUGAAGUGCCUGAAAUCUUUAAGGCGGCCACAAAUUGUUGCGAAACGUUGUGCAGUUAUUGCUGUUGCAUGUGCUGCAUCCAGUGCUGUACCCGGUUAAACAAUCAAUGUGUAACUACAUUGACUCAGCUCUGCAUUGGUCUUGGAUGCUUCGGCUGCCUCACCUGUUGUUCAGAGAUAUGCUGUUCUGGAAAUGAAGGCUAAAAUCUCAAUUUUGUUUGUUGUAUCAUUGUUGUAUUAUACUUCAUAUAGAAAUCCUUGUUUAUAUAGUUGUCAUUUUCUUAAUGUACAUGACUAAGUCAUAUUGUGUCUUAAAGUGUAUAGGUUUUUCUGAUUUUAAUCGUGCAGUUUUAAACUUGCAAUAGAUAUUGAAUACCAUUGUACCAGCAAAGAAAAAAAGUGUACUAUACCAAGUUCUGUCCGUCGUAAAAGAAACAUUUUUUUCAUUA